GCCUGCAGUUCCUCUUUUGGGUGGUGUGACGGCUGUGCUACUUGUCGAAGCGUCAAGUCUCUGUGUUAGUCUGAUGAAAGCCACUGAGAGUUUCACAGCUUGGCACAGCAGUUCUCUCCAAGCUCGCUGAGAAUCACUUUUGUGUGCGCAGUGUAGACUUCAGACCCUUAGGGUCUGCUGAAACUAAGCCACUGCGUUUUUCUCUGUGCUUUAACAGGGACAUUUUCCUUUUUCUCUUCAUUAUUGCUGGACUUUUCCAACUCACAGCCAUGGACCCCUAUGAGGACUUCUUCAGCAAUGACACCGAAUAUGGAAUCACUGAAGAAUACAUCACGGACGAGGAAGUGCCUCUGUGCAUGAAGACCGACGUGAACCACUUUGGUGCCCAUUUCAUUCCAGCUUUCUACUAUAUGAACUUCUUGCUAAGCCUCUUGGGCAACAGCCUGGUGCUGUGCAUCAUCUACAAGUUUGAAAAGUUGGGCACAGUCACCAACAUCUUCCUGCUCAACCUGGUCAUCUCGGACUUGCUCUUUGCCACCAGCUUGCCUUUUUGGGCCGUCUACCACAGCUCUGAUUGGAUAUUCGGCCGCUCGCUCUGCAAACUAGUGGGCAGCUUGUAUUCGGUAGGUUUCUACAGCUCCAUCUUGUUCCUCACCCUCAUGACCUUCGAUCGCUACUUGGCCGUGGUGCAUGCAAUCACAGCUGCCCAGAGCCGCCGGAGAGUGUACGCGUUCGCCUCGUCCGGAGUUGUCUGGUUCCUCAGCAUCCUGGCUAGCAUCAAAGACAUGGUCCUUUAUGAUGUGCGGGACAGCAAGACGGAAGGUCGUCUGUGCGAGGAGACCGGCUAUGCUCAAAAGACCAUGGUCAAAUGGCAGCUUGUGGGCUACUACCAGCAAUUCGGCUUGUUCUUCUUGCUGCCUCUCAUUAUGGUCUUCUAUUGCUACGGCCGGAUCACCGUCCGCAUCGUCUCCACGCGCAUGAGGGAGAAGUGUAGGGCCGUCAAGCUCAUCUUCGUCAUUAUCCUCACCUUCUUCAUAUGCUGGACGCCCUACAAUGUGGUCAUCCUCCUGUUGGCAGUCAAGCUUUCCUCCAGAGACAACUCGUGCUCGGACGGCCUGGACUACGCGCUGUACAUCACACGGAACAUUGCCUACCUGUACUGCUGCAUCAGCCCGGUGUUCUACACCUUCGUGGGGAAGAAAUUCCAAAGUCACUUCCGCAAACUUCUGGCCAAGCACAUACCGUGCCUGAAGAUAACCAUCCUGUCAUCUCAGAGCAGCAGGACCACAUCGUUCAAGAGCCCCAAUACAGACUACUAGUGACCAAUGAAACUCAAUAAUCUGGUUUGGGUUUUUUUUGGUUUGAUGCUGCACUGAUUCAGAAUAUGAACAAGUCUAUAGCGCGAUUGCUUUGUGUUGGGGGUGUCGGGUCCCCUGGGACAAAAAUGUUGUAACAGAUAUGAGGUUUUUGCAAUUUUAAAAGAACGCCUUUUCAUGUGUGUUCUUCUUUGAGUGGAAGCUGAGUCAGAAAAGAAAAAGGAAGUUGGGUAUUGAACCCACUCUUGAGUGUAUGCCUUGUUUCUGUGGUUGACGCUGGGUAUUUAACAUAGCAGUAAUUAGCAGCUUUAGAUUAUUCAGCAGAUCUCUGUAGAACAUACGUUAAAUAUACAGACUACUAGAAAAGAUAUAUGCAUUAGUUUUGUGUUUUUUCUAUUUUUUUCAUCAGGGGUGUCCAAUCUUAUCCACAAAGGUCUGGUGUGGCUGCAGGUUUUCACUCCAACAAAGCAGGAGAUCAUCUGAUCAGCAAUUUGAAGCCCGAAACCGACUGAGUAAACAGGGGGAAAUCAGGUGUGCUCCAGCUCAUUUUGAGGGAAAACCUGCAGCCACACCGGCCCUUUGUGAAUAAGAUUGGACACCCCUGUUUUACAUCUCACUAUUUUGUUGUUAAGUAAAAAAAAAAAACGGAAGCUGUCUGAUAUGUCUUUCAAGUUUGCAGUGAAAUACUGAUUUGGGGUCAGACUGGUCAGAGUGGAGAAGUCAGAGAAGAUGUCCUUUCUGGUAAAUAAAGUGCAUCAGCAUUAUUGA